GAUGCUACAAUUACCGCCACAACCUGGCUUUGGACAACCACCAUUGCCACCACCAUUAACAGUACGACCAUGGAUAUGUCGAAAAUGAUAGUCGGGCAAAGUAUAAAUAAACCAGAUUCCGUAAAUGAAAACUCAUCACUUAAAAAUAGUUCACAUGGGUACAUCGGUGAUUACAGUACUGAAACAACAAGAUUGAUAGAGGAAGAAGAAAAAUGCCGGGAUUCAAAACCAGAAACAAAGAUUUCAUCGCAAAAUUACAACGUAGUUUCAGACAUAAAAAAAGAACUCAAAAACGUGAUGACAAAACCACCAUUAUACCGUUACGUCUUCAUGUUUGUACCAUUAAAUAUCGUACAUGGAGUAGCAUUUGUCGUAAAUUCAAUUUUUGGUAACCUUCAAGGAGAAAAUGGUACAAUGAUAAUACAAUUAAUACCAUUUUUACAUUUGAUAGCGGAAAUAAUUGAAGAUCAUUUUGCAUCAACAAACCUAUAUAUUAAUUAUGAUGUGAUUUACACAAUAAUAUUUGCUUACGCUCUAAGUGCCAUACUAACUGGUGUCGGACUUUUAUUAUUUGUACGAUUCAAGCUUCGUUUCCUUUUGGAUAUUUUCCCAAAACACAUUUAUAACGGAGUACUCGGUAGUAUUGGUAUUUACUUAGUAUUGACUGCUAUAAAGACUUCAGCACCAAAUACCGAGACUUCUGAUUAUAACUACAGAUUAUUUUUUCAUAAGAACAAUUUUUUGUUAUUUUCUUUGGCAUCCAUUUUGGCAAAUCUCACAGUCUUUAUUAGAUGUAAAGCUAAAAAUUAUCAUGUUCUGGUCACCACUUUAAGUUUUCUAUCAAUUUUCUUGGGUUUCUAUUUUAUCGCAUACUUUUGGAGUAUUCCUUUUGGAUCAUUGAUUGAAGAUGGUUGGAUAUUUGCUUUAGAUAAUCAAAUCACAAUGUCUAAAUUCUACUCUGAUUUCUAUUUUAGAUUAAUCAGUUGGGAGGCAAUAGGAAAAACUAUCUCUACAAUGCUUAUUCUCAUAUUCUUUAUGAUUUUGAGUGCCCAUAUAAAGAUUAGUAAAUUUGAGGCUUCAAUUGAUGACCAUAAAAUGGAUAUAGAUCGUGAAUUAAUUGUACAAGGAGUUUCUAAUUUAAUUUCUGGAAUUUUUGGACAUUUUCAAGUUUCCUUGGGGUAUGAAGAAUCGAUUUUGAUGGUUAAAUCAGGAAUAAAUAAUCAUGUUGUAGGACUGAUACUUGCAUUUUGUAUUAGUAUAACAGUAUAUUUUGGACAACUAUUUAUUAAAUACAUUCCUGCAAUAGUUGUAGUUACAAUGAUUGUUUAUUUGGGUCUGGAGUUGAUAGGAAAAGCAUUGAUAGCUUCAUGGAAGUUUUCUGAUAAUUAUGAAAACUUCAAUAUGAUAAUCAUAAUAGUUGCAAUAAUGACUAUUGGAUUUGUUGAAGGAAUAGUUAUAGGAAUAAUGUUCUCGUAUAUAUUUUUUCUGGCAUCCAAUUAUAAAAGAGGAAAAAUGGCUCCUAGCAAUUCAGCUAGAUCUUCUGUUCGGAGGCAUUACCGUGAUCAACAAUUUCUCAAAGAAGUUGGUGGUAGUCAAAUCCAUGCAAGGAUGUUACAAGGCUAUAUGUUUUAUGGAACAAUGAAAGGAAUUGAAGAUGAUAUAAAGGAAUUCCUGAUUGAUUGUGAACAGACUUCAAAGCCAAUUAGAUUCUUAAUUUUGAACAUGUGUAAUGUUACUGGAUUUGGGAUUAAUGCUGUCCAAGUGCUUGAAAACAUUCAAAAAUAUCUUCAAUGUCAAAAAAUAUACUUUGUAAUCUGUGGAAUAUCAUUACAUGGCUCUGAGCAAGUUUAUAAACCAUUGAAGAAAUUGUCAUUUUGGAAAGAUUCACAUAAUGAUUAUGUAAAGGUUUUUGGUAAAUAUAAUGAGGCACUUGAAUGGUGUGAGGAUUCACUUUUGGGAACUUAUUAUGCUAAACACAAACCACUAUUCAAUAAUAACCAGCUUGUUGGAGUACAUCAUCAGAUUAUACCAUCUUUACUUAAGGAUGAGACUUUUUGUAGUCAUCAAGUUGAAAACGCUGGAAAGUAUAUAUUUAAAAAUGAGCUUUAUCUUAAAAGUAGAAGCAGACUUGUAAAUAUUUUGAUGAAGGCAUUUAAUGAAACUACCAAUGAAAAAGAGAAAGUUUUUAACUUGUUGAUUCCAUAUUUUAAAGAGGAAAGAUUACAAAAGGAUUCAACACUGUGGGAGGAAGGAACUAACCCAAAUUUUAUGUGUGUGGUGGAGGAAGGACAAUUGAGUGUCACACGGAUUUCAGCAGAGAAUAAUAAACCAGAACAAAUUGAGAGAAUAUUACCACUUAAUGUAGUAGGUGAAAUGGGAUUUUUCACUGAUAAUCUGCGACGAACAAAUUUGGUGACAAUAACUCCAUGUGUCCUAUGGGUAAUGAACCGAUCUGCUUAUGCAAGAAUGGUAAGUGACAAUCCCAUUUUAGGAUUCAAUUUUAUGAGAUUAACAAUGAAAUUAUCUGUAGAAAGAUUAUAUGAUUAUUAUAAAAAUUAG